AUGUCGGCAAAUUCCCGCCUUAUAAGUUCUCAAGACUCGUCAGUCGUUUACAGUGGAAUCUCGUGUGAAAUUUCAUUCGUUGUGGCUUUAACAUGGAAACAACCACACAGGAGAAAAUGUACACAAAACAAGGCGAUAAUGACUUUGGCCGUGAAAAGUAAAUGGCCAGAGAGACACACGAGCAUAGCUGCACAUGCUUUAUGUGGAAUUUAUUUACAAUUGUAA